UUGGCUAAACGGUCCCACAGAGGCACCAUCGCCGUAGUCGUCGUUUCGUUAGCUUACAAUCAUCAUCAUCAUCAUCAUCAUCGUAUCCGUCGUCUCGUCGGAAAAACGGCAUAGGCUGCAAAAGGUGUGUAAUAUCAUACGACGCAGCAGCGGUGGUAUGCCGAUCGGUGUAUUAUAACCGACGAAGUCGAAACGAAAUCCGCCGACGGGGGAGGGAAUAUUAAUGAGAAAAAAAACGACUGGUUUUAUAUGGAAACGUUUACAGCCGACGCUAUUGUUUGACGGUUCACUUGUCGCGACAAUGAUUUUUCGCCGAUUCACGCGAAGACAGCAAUAAUUAUACAUAUAUACCGGCGGUGGCGGAGGCGGAUCACACACCCCGACGACGACGGCGCCGCUCGUUAGCGGUACAAUAUACCAGCGCCAUCAGUCAUUAACCUUCCGUGCACUUCAGUCGUCGUAGCUCUCCGCGGCCACCACCGCAGAACUUGCAAUACUAUUCUAUUGGUAUCAUAAAAGCGGUAUAACGCAUAAUAUUAUUAAGUCACCACUCGCACCGGGCCCAACGACAUGCACCCUCCGUGGCUGCCACUGUGUCCUGUCGUCCUGUACCUGAUCGCCGGAGCGACGGUCCUGCUGGCCGCCGACAACGUCACGACGUCCACGCCGGUACAGGAAGGUCUACAGGUGCGAUGCUCGAACAACUACACGAUGACUUGCGUCAAGAGGGACGUGCUCUUGUUUCUGGACGCCAUGGACGGCGAACGGAGCUACGAGCUCUAUCCGGGAUUCACGUUGUUCCAGAGGCGUAGUCCGUCAGCUGGCCUGCUGCCGAACAACGAGUCGCUGGACGCGGCCAACUCCAGCCAGCUGGACCACAUGAUCGCCAAACGGCUCAACGAUUACGUGGAGAGCAUCGAUCUGCGGGUCAGACUCCUCAAUCCGAUCAACGCGACGGCCCGAUCGGUUGGUAACAGCAUGCUCGAACGGAUUUUGCCGUUUCUCAGAAUGAGUAGAAAAAAGAAAGACUACCACGGCCUGUACUGGGCGGCGGGCACGAUGGCUGCCAUCGGGACCAGCGCCCUGAUGGCGCUGUCCAGCAAGGCCUUGAUGACGGCGGGCGCGGCGCUGGCCCUGGCAAUCUACAGCUGCAUGAAGGGCGGUGGCGGUGGCAAGGGCGGUGGCAGUCACCUGACGGCCACUCUGAUGGAGGAGAGCACCCUGGUGCCGCACCGGCAGUGCGCCGAGGCGGUGGUGGACAUCUCUGGAUUGCACAACUAUCCGGCGGACGUGGAACGGUAUCCUGGGUCCCGGAAAACGGUAGACAUCGUGUCGCCCGCCAUGCCCGUCUACAGGAUCCAUCAGACGUCCGAAGACUACUCGUCGUCGUACGGCUCGUCUCAGCCCCAGUCCCAGGCCCAGUACCCGUAGCGCCUCGGCUCUGCUAUAGGUAGUGGCGGUAGUGGUGUAAUGUACGACUACGACGGCAAUAACUUAACUAUAAGGCACGGAACUCGAUGACCUAAAAAUGUUUCAAAAAUGCACGAAAAAAAUUUUUAGAUAAUAAUUUAAUACACCUACGUGACCUAAUAUACAUUUAAUUAAAAUAUGAAACAUUGUUUCGUAAUAUAAAUUCUAAAAAUCUAGAAAUUGAACAAAACAAGAUUAACAGGAUUUCUCCGUCAGUCGAAAAAAUUAUUACUUUCGAAUUAAAAUGCUCUUAAACGAGCUGCUCUACCUAUUUGAAGAUUUAAUAUUAUUUUUAUCUUAUUUUUUUUUAAAAAUAUAUUAAAGGUAAAGGUUAUUGCAGUUUAUAUAAAUGUUAACGUAAAUUAGAUUUUUACGGACACGGGACACCCGUAUACUACGACUACUGAACGCUAAACUUUAAAAACUGUAAUGAUAAAAUAUAAUUUAUUAUAUUUAUAUUUAUUAUUUACUAUUACAACCAAGGCUAGGUAUUAACGAGUUAAAAAGUUAAAAUUAAGUUAAAAAGUUAAUUUAAUUUUAACUUUUUAACUUAAUAAUUAAAAUUAACUAAAUUUCUUUCUUAAUUAACGUGAAAUUAACGAGUUAAUUUUUCAUUUUAAGAAGUAAGUUAAGUUAAUUUAUUUAAUUUAUAAUUUUAUAAUAUUUCAGUAUUUCAGUCUAUUUCGUUUUCAUGUCAAAAAAUAUGUACCGUAAAUUGUUUAAAGUUAAAAAUGUAUAUCAUUUGAAUCUAACUUAUAUGGAAAUACUGCAGUAUGAAGUAUUAAUACUAUAUCCUAUAGUUUAGUUUUGGGUUGGAAAAAAAAUUAAGUACGCUAGCGUUGUUUAAACAAACUAACUUUUUUUUAACUUAAUAAAAAGUUAACAAAAAGUGUAUUAACUUUUAAUUUAACUGAGUUAAAAAAAAAAUCUUAACUUGCCCAGCCUUGAUUACAACUAGGUAUUUUAUAAGUUUAUAUUAUCUAACAAAAACACUAUUAAUUAUCUUACAAUAAUUACAACCUAGCAAGUAGCUAUCUGAUUUAUCUUUUGAUAUGCAGCAUGCAAAAUAAUAUUAUGCGUAUGCACUGAGCAUGUUUGCAUUUGUUUGACUAAUAUAGUAAUAUUUAGGAGAUAAGGGAAAUUAACGGUUUUUUAUAUGAAAUAUAUCGAAUAAAUGAUUUUGUCAUUUCAAUAUUAUAGAAAUCGUGUCAGCGUGUGACUAUACUUUGGUAAUAAUUUAAUUGAUUUCCAAAAAACCGAGAAAUAUAAAAAAAUGAUAAUAAGUCAUAACGUUGACGUACACUUAAAAAAAUGUAUCAUUAUAAUAUUCUGCACCAUUCCAUAAAAUAUAAAAUGUCUGUAGAGACGAGCAACGCGCAUUAGAGUGAAACAAAAAACAAAGUCAUCUACGCGAUCGAUAAUAUAUAGUACCUACCUAUUACAGUAUCACCAUAGUUUAGUAUAUUUUUUGAUUUACAAUGUUUCAAUGUUUUAAUUACUAAGACCACAACGUGUGUAUAAUAAGAUAAUGCUAAUGUUGUAUUGGCUAACUUUUUACAAAAAUCUGGUGUUAGUGCAAUAUUUUAAUGUUUUUUUUUAUAAUAAUAGCUUAUGAUAGUAAAUACUACAUACAAGGUGAUUGAUAGUUAUAUAAUACUAUAUAUAAUAUAAUACUAUAAUAUAAUAUAAUAAUACAAAUAAUUAUUGACGAAUAGCAUUUUUUGUACGCAGCAAAUUAUUUAUUUUUGAAAAAUUGUAUUGAAAAAAUUGGACUUUAUUAAGUAUAUUGUUUUGAAUUGUAUGG